GUUUAUUCACUGAAAGUGAAGCACGCUGCAAGGAAGCUGGGACGUAAAAAAAGGACAGGCAUGCAGAACACCAGCGAUCCCAUCAUUCAGCCUGCAGGGUUUUACAUUGUUGCGCUGAGUUCAAUGCCUUACAGUAAUGUCUAUGUCAUGUUCCUCACUGUGAUUUAUGUGAUCACAAUCAUUUGCAAUGUCUUUCUGAUCGCCAUCAUUUUCUAUGACCAUCGACUGCAUGCCCCAAAGUUCAUGGCCGUUGGUAGUCUGGCUUUGGUUGAUCUUAUUCUCAGCACCUCUCUUGUGCCUGGCAUGAUAAAAACUUACAUUGUUCUAGACAAUUUUGUGCCAUUUAAACUGUGCCUUGUGCAAAUGUUUAUUUACUAUAAUUUUUUAUCACUUGAAUCACUUUCUUUAUGUAUUCUCUCUUAUGACAGGUUCAUUGCGAUCUGUUUCCCUUUGAAACAGAAGUCUAUAAACACAAACAUCAGAAUGGCCUAUAUAAUCUGUGCAGUUUGGUUCUUUAAUUCUGUUAGAUCACUGUACAAUCCUUUAUCCAUCUCAAUCCUGUCAUUUUGUGGCUCUCUUAAGGUCAACAGCUAUUUUUGUGAUUAUGCUCCCAUUUUAAGACUCUCCUGUAGCGAUAUUACAACCCAGUGGAAUUUUGCCACUACUUCAUCUACACUCUUCAGUGCUGUACCUUUGAUUUUUAUUUUCUUGACUUACAUGGGUAUACUGAUUGCUGUAUUCAGAAUGAAAAAUAAUCAGAGCCGUUAUAAGGCUCUGGCCACGUGCACCGAGCACCUCAUGUUAGUGGCGAUUUUCUUCAUUCCAAUUUUUAUUAUCUUCAAUCUUGGACUUUUUGGAAUUGUUAUAAACCCAAAUGUAAGAACAGUGUGCUUGUCUUUGUCAUCCCUCCUUCCACCCUGCAUGAAUCCCAUCCUCUACUCACUGAAAACUAAAGAGAUUCAAAGCCGGAUUCGUUCUUUGUUAAUCCAGAGACUGUCAGUUCAUCCUCUGAAUAUACAUUAUUGA